AGGAUGUUGUCACCUCAAGAUGGUCAAUCCAACACUUACUCGCACGGUAAUGUCGUCCUUCAAGGUGCACCCUGUGGUCAAUGUCGAGAUUUAUGUCCAGCUGGGUACGUGCCUCAUUUUUGGCGCUCUCCGUGUUUUGGCUGCUUCUAAACUGAAAGGGGAGAGGAAGAAGGGGAGGAGGCAGAGACACGCGUGGCCGAAGGGUUGGACGGACCGUGGUGGAAAGUGAGUUUUCCACCACCCUUCCGCUUUUUCUUCGUUUUCUACCCGCCACGUUUCCGCGCACGCGUUAUUUCGUGUGAAUGCUACACAAUGAUAUACACAGGGUGACACAAAAAUUCUUCAAACUUCUUUUGUUUAUUCUAAAAAGAAAUAAAUUUUAUAGUAAAAAAACGUAUAUAUAAGAAAAAAGAUAAUAUAAAAUAAAUAAAGAAUGUUUAAUAAGAUGUAAAUUUAUGUAAAAAAUGGAAAGCAAUCUGUUAAUAUUAUGGAACUAAAUGUUAAAUAUCCAACUAUUAUAUGUUAAGUAGGUUGUUUAAAAUUUUUUUCAUGCAUGAUAGUAAGGUCUGAUUAUGUGUAAUAUCUAUAUUUUUACUCACACUUUCACUAAAAAAAUUGUUCUUCAAGAAUGCUAAUAAUAUUAAUGAUAGCAAUGAUAAUGAUAAUGACAGUUAUAAUAACAAUAGAAAACAAUAGUAAUAAUAAUAAGAACAACAAUAUAUCAUAUUUAUUAUGCGAAAACAAGAUGCUGUGUAGAUGAGCAAGUGUAAUAUAAAUGAGAUUCUGUGCAUUCUAAAAAGAAAAAAAAAAGGAAAGGUAUUCUUCCUUGUGCUAUAAAAGAUACUAUUCAGUUUUAUUUUAAUGUGUUUCGAAAAGAAAAAAGAUUGAGAGAAGUAAAAUAUAAACUGGUUCUGCAAUAUAUAACAAACGAGAGGAAAGUCAUUUAAUAUCUGUUUUAUAUCUGUCUAUAAGGAACUUGAAGUUCGUUGUCUAUUAAUAAUUAUUAUUUUAUUCUAGAUAGUUGAUCUGUGUUGAUGUGUGUAGAUGGAAAGAAUAUUUUUCUUCUAAACGAUAUCUCAUUGAGGAUGAUAUUAUAGAGAGCAACGUAUUAUCAAGAGACCUCUGAGUUCAUAUCAUAGUAGAUAAUAGAAUGUACAGUUAUAAUAUACAGAUAUAAUCUUUAUGAUAUAACCUGAUUAUAAAAUUCAGUUCAUCGUUGAAUACAUCUUUGGUAAUCGGUGUAUUCAUAAAUUUGAAUACAUGAUUUUACAUAGAAUUAGGUAAAGCAUACUUUAAUCUUGCUUUAUAGAUGAAGAUGAAAUCUAAUAUUUGAAGCAUUGUAUGCUUUUAUUUAAAAUCACGUUAUAUUUUACAUAGAGUCAUGCAGGCUAACCGAAUGCACAUCUUGAAUACGCAAAGAAUGAAUAAGUAGGGAUGAGAUACUUCCUCCAUUUUCAUCCUUUAUUUCUCGUUGUUAGUGUAUUUUCUUAGAAGUAGUGCGUGAGAACAAUUUGAGUUUAAACGUAGGAUUGUCUUUUAAUUGCUAAUUGAUCAUCAAGCUGAAUCUUCUAUCACAUUUCUUAAAAUUUUUUUCAUAAAAUUCAUAAGUUAGUUUUAAACAUGAAAUAUUUAUUGAUGACAACUAAAGAUAAUAGCAUGUUAACAUAUAAUAAUACAUUUUCACCAUGGAAACUGAAUUGAAGCCAAGAUAUAGUUCAUGUUCCCCAGACAGAGAUGCCACAUAGAUAUUAUUAAAUCACAAUGGAAAGACAUGACAUUAACAAUGAACAUGAUAAUAGUAAGAACAAUCUCUUUUGUUUUUUUUUAACCUUUUUUUUUUCUAACAGGCGAUUAUUUUGUGACAAUAAUUAUACUCCACCCUGUAUAGACAUUGGUGAAGCGAAGAGGAAUUCUCGUAUAUCUUCGGCUCGCCGGAGGCAGCACUCAGCCUUCGGGAUAAGUUCGUUAGAGUGCCCUGCUGUCUUCUGCUCCAAGACACUCCCGAAGGACGAGGAGGGUCCUUCGGUAUUACCUUCACCUUGCUCUUCAGAGGCUUCCCGCCCCUUCAACUGUCUUCUAAUUUCCAACGUUUCGACGAUCGUUCAAUUUUCACAAUUUACGGAACCGUUUAACCCCUAUAGAUUAUUGGAAAUACCUCAUAGUGAUAUAUUCUAUAUGCUUAUUUUCUACAAUUUGACCUAUUGGUCAAAUCAAUUUCCUAUAUAUUUUUAUCUUCGACCAUUCAACUCAGAAAUUCUUCUCUUUCUUGAAAUAAAAAAGAAAAAAAAAAGAAAAAAAAAGAACGGAAAGAAAAAAAUCUUCGAUCAGUCCAUUCGAAAAAUACCGUUCCAACUAAAUUGACUCGACGACAAAUUGGUAUUGCACGGUUACCGCCGUAGGAAGGCAUAAAUGUUAUUCGAGCAUGAUGAUGAUGAUCGAUGCGGCGCGCUGGAUUCAAGCUUGAAUCACUCGCGUUUCAGACGCGUCGUGUCCUGGCUAGUGUGCAGGGACGACGGGUGGCCAGACAAAAAACGUGUUCGCUACGAUGAAUGGACCUUGAUGCAGAGAAACUUGCUUCUGGCGAAUCGAGAAACGACCUCGAGAAUCUCCUGAUUCUCGGGAAACUGUUUCUCUGGAAAAUCAUUUUCCAUGAAUCUUGCUAUUGUGAUAGGAUAUGUGAAAAAUUGGUUGAAAAUUGUUUCAUGAAUGUUCUAAUUUUUUUUUUGUUAAUUUAAACUAAUAAGAUAACUUCGAAAAGAUUUUCUUUUGUUUGAAUCGAUUUUUUGAAGAUUUUUUAAUAUGUUUCAUUCUUCAAUGUAAAAAUAAAUAAUCUUUUAUAAAGGUAUCUUUUUUUUAGUUUUUAAUUUGAAAUUUUUAGUUUGAAGUUUUUUUAGUUUUCAUUGUCUGAUUUUUGGAAAUAUUUGAUGGAAAUUUCUUUCUU